UUCAUGCAUUCUACUAAAUGCUCAUCUACGGUGCUAGCCAUAUGUUUUUUAAAUAAUGCCUCCUCCACCUACUAAAGAACCUAUGGUCACUGGGAUCUCGCCUAAAGAAGGUCCGCCAGGAACUAAAAUAGCCAUUAGAGGUGAAAAUUUAGGCAAUAAUGCUAGAGAUUUAAUAGCCCUAAGAAUAUGUCAAGUUGAUUGUUUAUUAACUGCUGAAUGGAUAUCUAAAAAUAAAAUAUUAGCUAGAACUGGGCCUUGUAAAGGGAAAGGUGAUGUUAUUGUUGUAACUAUAUCUGGCGGUGUUGGAACAAGUACAGUUCAGUUUAGAGGAUUUUUUGAGCAAGCAGGGCCAUUACAAGAAUCGGCAGUAUGGGUAGAUGAAUCCAAAUAUUUUGUGCCGAUAGGACUUCCAAAAAAUCAACCACUUUCAAAAUUAGAAAUUACUAACUUUUUGGAUGAUCCACUUAAUUUAGUAGCUGACAUCAAAGGAAAAGAUAAAAUCCAAAAAUAUCCCAUUGAUGAUAUACAAGAAUUGUAUCCUGAUAAUUCAGGUAAUCUUAUGCAAGAAAAUUUUUUACCAUCAUGGUACCUUUUGGAAAAUCAUCAUUUUAACAGUUACGAAGAACUCAAAGCCGGUUUGGAAUAUCUCAAGGCAAAUGUUAACCUCAAGACUGAAGGCCCCUACUCCUUCAUAAAGACGAAUCUCACCGCUUUCCUGGGUUGCUUAGAUUCUUUAGAAACGCUGAAUCAUAAAAUGGAAGAAGACGCUCAAAUUUUUUCCCCGCAAGCCUCUUACAAAUUGUUCGAUCAGCUGGAACACCAAUUAUCACAAGCAAACGAAAAGGCCAAAUCACUCUUUUCCGACAUCUUGGGUAAUAAGGCCAAAGCUGAUUCGACUCGAAACGCUUUAGCAUUGAUCAAUAGGUUUAGAAUCUGUUUCAAUCUCCCCAGAGCUCUCACAAAAUGGAUAGCCAAAGGAGAUUACGCAAUGGCCAUAAACGAUUACAAUCGUGCUAAAUCUCUUUAUUUUUACAAUGUUCCCAUCACUGGCUUAGUUCCCAACGUUCAAAAUACUAGUGUCAGCAGUUCAGGGGGAUUAGCGGACAUACCUAUAUUUAAAAGAGUAUUUGAUAUUGCCGAUUCUAAAAUGGACGGUCUCAAAAAAUUGCUACGAAAUAGGCUGUUCGAUUACCCGUCUACUCUCGAGGAACAAAAAGAUAUUUUGAAAUACCUGUUGGAAAUCGAUACUAAAAAUGAUUCCGCUUGGGAAAGCAUCACGAAAAUGGCCUCCUGGCUAACUCUUUUGCUCAUUGAUUGCAAGGAUAGGAAUUUUAAGACAUUUUUGAACCAAUCUCACGGUGCCACGAGUCGUAAAGUUAGUCAGAUUCAACUGGGCAAUCCAACAAGAUCGGAUAUUUACACGAGUAUAAAUGCCAAUAAAUCGUCUUCGAAUUUAUUAAAUCUGGCACCUUCGUUAUGCGAAGCCAAAAGCGCGCCUAAUCUACAUUACAAUCACGGUUCUAACACCAACCUUAACAACAUAAAUUCUACCCCUCUCAUUUCUCUUUACAUCGAAGAAAUAUCGUCUCUCAUGACUCAGGGAUUUUACGAUUUUUGGCAACUUGGUCAAGCUUAUUUCUCGGGCUUAUUGUAUUUUAAUAAAGAUCAAACCACCAGCGCUGACAAAGCCUUCAAAGCAGAUCCCAACAAAUUUUCUCGCUUUAAAUACCUGACGAACGACAUAGUGGCUCUAUACUGCGAUUUGGUCAGGGCAGUAUUUCUUCCUUCCACUCUUGCCCUUAACCCGGUUCAAAGGCGAGAAUCCGUACUUGGAGACUGGUCUGAAUAUGCUGGAUACAUUCUCACCGACGGCAUUGGCUGGCUCAAUUCUACCCUAAAGGAUGUCAGAAUUUGUCAAUUAUCCAUUCUGAAUUGGGAAAAAAGGGAAGAAAUUGCCGGUUCCGUGGCUCAGAUUCCCGAGGAAUCGAUUAUUUGCGUCAAAAAAUUGAUUUGCGAUUUGAGAAUUUUCGCUAUGAUAUCUCAUUUUAAAGCCGGAGCUAAGGAGAUGAAAAGUUUGUGCCUUAAAGAGAAUUGGAAAAUCGAGAAGCGGGACAAAGGAUAUGGCUGCACCAAAAUAAUAAAACUUUUCGAGAUUUUGGUUAAGGGCAAAUGCGAGUCCGUUAAAUGGUUAAUCGAUCCUUUAUUGGGCGGGGAACCCGAAUUAUCUAUCUUCGGGGCAGAUAGAACCAAUCAAAAAGAAGUUACACUAGCUUGUACGGAGAUGAUCUUAGCCUUCGGCAAUUCUCUGGAAUACUUAGCCAGAGGUAGUUCUAAAGGUCGCGACUCUAUAGUUCCUGAAAAGGAAAAAGAGAAUAUGGAUAAAUCUCGACGUUCUCUAAGAUCUAAAAUUACAAAGGAUAAAAGGUUGCUAUAUUGCCUCAGCAAUACAGAAUACCUACUAUGCACCUUAAUCAAAACCGGUAAUUUGACAGAAAUCCUAAAUCUCCAUGGAAUCCCUAACACGGAUAAUAUUAAAAAAAAAUUAACCCAAUCCUUUCAAGAAUUAGACGAAAAUUUAUUUAUAAACUUCUGUGAUACGAUAAGUGAACCCAUCGUCGAAAACAUUAUGACAAACAUGAACGCGUUAUCUUUCGAUUGGAGAGAGUGCCCAGAACCCUCAGAAAUCAAGACAUACGCCCUUAUUAUCCUACAAAAUUGUAUCGAAGUUUAUUCCGAGGUCAAUUCCAUAUCUCCUUCACUUAAUAAUAGGGUUAUGUGCAAAUUGGUAGAGAAUAUUUUCGGCAAGCUAUACGCCAUUUAUUCGAGUAUCAAUUUUAACAACGAUAAAAGCCUUAUACAAGCAAAAUUGGAUGUCUCCUGUCUAGAACUAGCCCUCUCCGGUUAUUUGAAUUCCGAAUCGAAAGAAACGCUGAAUAAAAUCUAUUCUAUUUUCUCCCGACUAUCCGAUUCCCCUUCUUAUAAAGCUUAUAAAAAACGCUUGAACACCCUUCAAGAGACUUUCAAAAAGAAAAACAGGAUGAGAUUGGAGUGCCUUAAAAAUGCUAACAUUAUUCAAUUAUAAAGCUUGAAUAUUUAUACAUGCGAUUUUUUUUUAAUAAUGUUUUAUAUUUAUUAGAAGAUUACGUAAUUCAAAAUUUUGUUAUUUAUAUAAUUUAUAAUUUUUAUAUAGAA